AUGUAAAUUUUAAAGAAAUUCGCGGAUUCGAAGUCAGCCAAAAUUGGAAUCGUUGUCGCUUUGGGUUUGAGCGGUGUUGCUCUUACCUAUCAUUAAUACGAUAAGGCCAAGAAAUCUCGCAUAAUCGCGACUUAAAACCCACCUGUCGCUGAAAACGAGUUUGGAUAAAAUCGAUUUUUAACUUAAACAGGAGCCAUUCAAAGAUGGGGUCAAAUUGUAUAAGAUAGUAUUUCAUAUAAAGUGGAUUUAUUGUUGAAAAAAGGUGAAUCAUAUAGUGGUUUAGUAACAUUGGAAUUUGAUGCAAAACACACCUUGACAGAUUUGUAUGUUGAUUUUAGAGGAAAGAGGGUGGUUAGUUUGUAUGUCAAUGAAAAUAAGAUUAACAAUUUGGAUUGGAAUGGAUUAUUUAUCAAGGUACCAAAAGAAUUCUUGAGGACAUCUUAAAAGAAUAGAGUUAAUAUCUAAUUUGAGUAGGAUUAUGCUAAAGAUGGAUGUGGAUUACAUGGCUAUAUUGAUAAAGAUGGAAAAUAAUAUCUGUAUAGUUAAUGUGAAUCUUAUUUCACAAACAGAUUUUUCCCAUGUAUGGAUCAACCUGAUUUGAAAGCCAAAUUGAGAUUCACUGCAGUAUGUCCUAAAGAGUGGGUAGUUAUUUCAAAUGAAAAUGCUGAUCAAAAUUAAUAGUUCAAUUUUGCCUAGGCUGCUAAUGUCGUUAAAGAUUAUCUGCCUUAAGAAUUGGUGGAGAGUUAGCUCUAAAAUCUCGAGAAUUCAGAUUCAUACAACUUUUGGGUGUUUGGUGGAACAAAAACUUUGCCAACAUAUUUAUUUGCUUUAGUUGCAGGAGAAUAUUGGUCAGUCAAAUUUUAAGGAGAACAAGAUGAUAUACCAUAGACUAUAUAUUGCAGAGAAAGCUUAAAAGAACACAUGAUAAACUUAAAAGAUUUCAUAUUUGAAGUAACAAAGAAAAGUAUGAAAUUCUAUGAGAAUUUCUUUGGAGUCAAAUAUUAAUUCAAUAAAUAUGAUUCUGUCUUUGUUAAUGAGUACAAUUGGGGUGCAAUGGAAAAUCCUGGAUGCGUGACAUUUAAUGAUUUUUAUGUUUUUAAGGAGAAGAAGCCAGCAACUAGUUAUACUUCAUUUGCUAAUACAAUUAUUCACGAAAUGGCUCAUCAUUGGUUUGGAGAUUUUGUAACAAUGAAAUGGUGGAAUGAUUUAUGGUUAAAUGAAAGUUAUGCUGAAUUCAUUUCCCACUUUUGUUAGGAAAAUAUUAAAAUUGAAACAAUCAAAUUAUCUAACAUUCCUGUUAUGUUUAAUUAGAGAAAGGGAUGGGGAUACAGAGAAGAUUAAAUGCUUACUACACAUCCAAUUGCUGGUGAAGUUAUCAAUACCGAAGUAGCAGAGAAUAUUUUCGAUGGAAUUACAUAUUCCAAAGGAGCCUCAGUUAUGAAAUAAUUAAUGUGUAUUAUGGGAGCAGCUAAAUUUGGAGAGGCUUGCGGAAAUUAUUUUAGAAAAUUCGGAUGGAAGAAUGCUGUUUUAUAAGAUUUAAUUGAUCAUUUAUAAGAGAAAUUUGAUAAUCCAGAAUUUACAUUGUCCUAUUGGAAAUAACAAUGGAUUGAAACUGCUGGUAUGAAUGAAAUUGAACCUUAAUGGGAUUAAACAGAUAGAUCUCAUCAAGCUAAAUUAACUGUCUUUUAAAGACCUGCUCUAAGUUAAUUCCCUACAUUGAGAAUUCAUAAAAUUAAAAUAGGAUUUUUCCAUGAUAAUGGCAUCGAUUCCAUUGACACUAUACUCAAAGCAACAGAAGAAAAUGUUAUCACUUAUGAUGGUAGUAAGGGAUAUAGAGCAUUAUUGUUGAAUUACGAAGAUUAAUCCUUUGUGAAGGUACUUCUUGACUAAGAGUCCACAAAAUAUUUCAGUUAAAAUUUACAAGCAGUCUAGGAUAUCCUAACUAGAACUUUGAUUUACAGAGCUCUUUUUGAUAGUGUAAGAGAUGGUAAAAUAAGCUCAGAGGAGUAUGUUGAUUUCCUUUUGGCCUAACUACCAAGAGAAAAUUCAGAUGAAAUUUUGAAUACUUAAUUGUUAUACUUAUAAUCUGCUAUUGCAUCCAUGACACCAAGAAAAUUCAAGAAGAUUCUUGGUAAAAGAGUAUUUACAUUCCUCCUAGAACAAAUAAUCAAAGUUAGUAAAGAUCCAUAAUAAGAAAAUAAAUUGAUUUUAUUAAGAAACAACAUGGCAGCAUUUGCAUAUGAUAACACAUGUGUCGAUGAAUUGUUGGCUUGGUUCUAAGGAUAAAAUCAAGAAUUAUCCUCAAUUGAAUGCACCAAAGAUACCAAAUGGGCAAUUGUUAAAUUAGUUUAUGCCUCUUAGAAAUAUGAUUCAAAUCCUGAAUUAAGAAAAGAGAUCCUCGAAAAGAUGUUGUAAAUUGAUACUUCUGAUGCUGCUUCAAGAGCUCAAUUGAAAUGCAAAGCUCUUAUUGCAAACGAAUAAGAAAGAGCUGCUCUUUGGUAAAAGUACGUUGAUCCCAACGAUAAAGAAUCAGCCAAAAUGAUUGCAGAAUCAAUGGCUGGAUUCAAUAAUGAGAGACGUUACCUGAGUUUGGAACCAUAUUAAGACAAAUUCUUCGAAGUCAUUAUUCAAAUCUUCCAAACUAAAAGUAACGAUUUCAGUAAGACUUUCUAUGAUUACCUGUUCCCAAUCACUGAUGAUUUGGCCAGUCUUUGCAAUAAAGUCGAGAAGUUGAGAACUACUGUUCCUGAAAAUUUGAUCACUCUAAAAAUGCAAGUGGAUAAAUCACUUGAUUCACUUAAGAGAUAAGUGAAGUAGUUUGAAUGUUUCUGUAACCAAGCCAAAUUAGCUACAUAAUAAGUAUAAGAAAAUGAAGUAUGA